AUUUUGGUUCCCCAGUGACAUGUCUGCCUACACUUUGCUCUCUUCUCUUAAGUGUCUUCUCUUGGAAAGACUCGGAGAGAUAGAAAGUGGUGAGUUGAUUUUGAGGAAGUAAAACUUUUUGGUGGCAGUUACUUUUUUAUUUCUUCAAGACAAGUUUAGUUUUGCAUUUCGUAGGAAGGAGUGGUGACGAGUCAGGCCUGUCUGCCUGUCCGUCGUGUGAACGUCCAACUGAAGACAACCUCAAUAGGAACAGCAGGACUGGGCAAAUACAGACUUAUCUCCAGGUGAUCCACUCAGAUGGUGGUCACCUUUCGUUAGAAUCUUUGGCUUGACAUCAGCUUGACGGAGUCUUUGAAAGUCUUAGAAAACACAGGAUGAGCUGUGAUCGAGUGCCAUCCAGGGCAGAGGUGAUGGGGUGGAGCCCACAGCAGCUGGCAGACCACUUGAAGAGGAUGAAUCUGUCUGGCUGCGAUAAGGUGGUGUUGAAGCACUCCAUCAGCGGCUCCAGAUUUGUAAAUCUGAGUGAGAACGACCUCCAGAAAUUCCCCAAACUUCACGCUCCGAUGAUCUCAAAGAUCAGCAUUGAAAUCAGCAAGAAAGAGGAGAGGAGAGGCCUGUUUGGUAUUAGAUCAACGCCCAAAUAUCAUGAACCAGAAACACCUGUGGAAGUUCAGGGCUGGGGUGAAGACGAGUUUGAUGAUGAAGAGUUUGACGAUGACUAUGAGAGUCCAUACAGUGGCGAUGAGGGCAGCGUGGGAGACUACGAGUCCCCAAAUGAUGACCUGGACACGGCCAACGAUUACGAGCCACCUCCCUCUGAACCUUCAGAGGACCUGGCUCACAAGCUGUUCCCCACCAUGCCCAUAGGAGAAAGUCAAUACAUCGAUAACCAUGUGUCCUCAAGAGGCCCACCCCCUGCUUUGUGUCCUCGUCCCCCAGUCUCCACCCUCUCUGCACCAUCUCCUCGGGUGCCGGAGUCUGGCUCCUCUCGAAGAGACCACUCUCCACAUAGUGUGGGAAGAAAAUUUCCUCCAGGGCCUCCGCAGAUCUUUCGCGGGAACAAACCGGGCCGAGAUUCAGGAUCCAACUCGUCCCCUGUCAGAGGACCUCACACAGCAGAUAGGCCGAGGACUCCUUCUUGGAGUUUAAAUGACAUUAAACAUAGUCAGCAGUUCAACUGUUGUAAGCAAACGGAAGCAGGUCUAUGUGCUCGCCCUCAGAGGAAGUUAGCUGAACUGUGGUCUUAUAUUAAGAUCCUUAACUAUUCUCCAAUCUUUAAUGUGUUCAGGCCUCAACAGGACACCCCCAGUCCUCCCACCAUGACCAAACCACCUGUUCUUCCUCCAUCCUCCACCUCAGUCAGCAGGAGCAACUCCUCAGCCAGGCCUGCUGCAACCAGGUUCGAUACGAAGAGAGAGGUGCAUGAAGAAGCUCUUAAACACAACACCUUCCCCCUUCACAAUAAAAGUCUGCCCCCACGCCCUGGACUUCCCGGGCUCCCCUCACGCCCAGGAGACAGUCUGCCUCCCAAUGUUCCUUCUGUAGGCUCUCUGCCUCACAAACUGCAUUCUGCGAUGGCUGAACAAAGAGGCAGCAUUGGGGGACCAGACAGACAGUCAUUUCGUCCUUCUCCUCCCACAACAGGACACACACAGGGGCUGGACCCUCACUGGUAUGUAGGUAAAGUGGGCAGAGGUCAGGCAGAAGGAUGUUUGAAACGAGUCAACAAGGACGGGGCGUACCUGGUGAGGGACAGCACCCGACAGCUCGCCAAUCAGCCCUUCACCCUGAUGGUGUUAUACCAGGACAAAGUCUACAACAUCCAGAUCAGACAGCAGAACCAGAGGUUCCUGCUCGGAACCGGACUCAAAGUCCAGGAGAACUUCCCAUCAGUAAACGACAUCAUCGGCCAUUACUCCCAGUCUCCUCUGCUCCUCAUUGAUGCCAAAAACCGCGGCUCUUCCCAGCAGAACCAAUGUCUGCUCUCUGACCCAGCUGGAUACCACAUGACCGGACAGAUGUAGUCCUGACCGCAUCACAAAACUGAACCAGAAGCAAAUCCAACAGGUGGAAUUAGGAUGAAUGUCCACCUCAAAUGCCAUUAGCAAAUAUCUUUCUGUGAGUAAAAAAUGCUGUCUUUUUGCACAUAUAGCUUAAUUUGCUUAUUUUUGACCAUAUACAAACUACAGCUUCUUGUCAGGGCUCUGUUCAUGAGUUUGACGGAUUUAACACAAUAAACCCUUCAGGUUAAAAGCUCUAAAUCAUCUCCAAGUGUAGGUUUUAAAUUGUAUUGUCUGUAUGAUGCUACUUCCAGAUCAAGAAAUUGGAUAAUGCUGUAUUUCUAUAGCAUUUAGUGGAAGUGUAUCUCAUUUUCAAACUAUGCGUGUUGAUGGCAAAAACUGUCUUGAUUCUCUCUUCAGCUGAACUCAAUAAAUCCCACAUUUCAUGAAUGUAUUUAAAGCUA